AUGAAAGUGGCGGAAUUGUAUUUCAAGGAAGUGGUGAGACUACAUGGGUUGCCGAACAGUAUUGUGAGUGAUCGUGAUACAAAGUUCAUGAGUUUCUUUUGGAAAUCACUAUGGAAGUUGGUGGGAACGAAGCUGUUAUUUAGUACAUCAUAUCACCCGCAAACGGACGGACAAACGGAGGUAACAAAUCGAACUCUUGGUGUGCUUCUACGUGGACUAGUGAGCAACACACAAAAAGAUUGGGAUAUUAAGCUUGCUCAUGCCGAGCAUGCUAAGUGGGUAGAGUUCCUUCAAUCCUUCAAUUUUGCUACGAAAUAUAAGCAAGGGAAAGCCAACAUUGUGGCUGAUGCUUUGUCAAGGAGGCAUACCCUACUUGGAAUCAUGGAAGCUAAGAAAAAGAAGAAAAAACGGCAUGAUAGUGAUAGUGAUGCUUCUAGUAGUGAUGUUGAUACUCAUAAUCUGAAUAAGAUUGAUGAUAAAGGUAUCAAGCUUGAUGAUUUUACGGGUCUAGGAAGCCCCGAAGAUUUUCUUGAGUGGGCGAGACAAUUAGAGAAAAUUUCAGAUUAUAAAGGUUUUGAUGAUUCUCAACGUUUCAAAAUUGCUUAUAUACGACUCACUAAGAAUGCGGGAAUUUGGUUCGAUAAUUUGAAAGCACGACGUGCUAGGGCUGGGAAAGAAAAAAUCAAGACUUGGACGGUUUUGAAAAGGAAGAUGCGUUCUAAAUACCUUCCACAUGAUUUCGAACAAAUUCUAUAUGUGAAACUCACUAUGUUGACACAAGAUACUAAGAGUGUUAAUGAAUAUAUUGCUGAAUUUGAUAAACUAACCUCUCUUUGUGAUUUGGAUGAAAAAGAACCAUUGAGGAUUGCUAGGUUCCUUAAAGGUCUAAAUCGCACUAUCUCUAGGAAGAUUGAAUUGAGUACGUAUGAAUCAUUCAAUGAUGUGUGCAAACUAGCUUUAAAAAUUGAAAGUCAUUGGCUCGAAGAUAAGAAGAGCACAAGUACAAAGAGUUUUGGUACCAAGUUCUCACAAGGGACCGAAACAAGCAAAGCUUUCAAGCCUUUUAAACCGAGUUCCUACGAGUCUAAGGGAGAAAGCUCAACAAGUGGAGAAAAGAAAUUCGUUAAGAUAUCUAAAGAAGAGUUCGAAGCCCGAAUUAGAUGUUUCAAAUGUCAAGGAAAGGGACAUAGGUCGGAUCAAUGUCCUUCCAAGAAAACUCUCACAAUAAGACAGUACGAACAACAAGUAGAAGAAGAGAAACACAUAGUUUUUGAGUGUGACGAUGAGGAAUCCGAAACUAAGGCAACAGGUAGUGAGGAAGAGAACGAGGAGAUUGAUCCCGAGGAUGAUGAAAAGGUGCUUGUGGUAAGGAAGAUCCUCCAUGCCGAAGCAAACCCUAACAAAUCUCAACGGGAAAACUUAUUCCAUACUCGUUGCAAAGUAGGAGAUAUAUCAUGCAAGGUGAUCAUUGAUAGUGGUUCAUGUACUAAUGUGGCGUCCACAGAAAUGGUUUCUAAGCUCAACCUUCCAACAAGAGUACAUGAGAAUCCUUACAAGUUGAGUUGGCUUGAUGAUUCUAAGGGACUUCAUGUAAAGAAACAAGCCUUAGUAAGCUUUUCCAUUGGGAGACCUUGGCAAUUUGAUCGUCAAGUUACACAUGAUGGUGAGGCAAAUACUUAUUCGGUGAAAGUAGGAAACAAAAGGUUCAAACUCAAUCCUCUACCCCCUAAUGCAAGCUACGGUCAUAACAAAGAUAAAGAGAAGCAAGUGCCGAAUUUCUUUUUGAAUGCUAAGGAACUUGAGAGUGAAGUAGAAAAGGGAGCCACGGUCUUUGCCUUAGUGAUAAAAGAGGCGAAAUCCACAAGUUCUUCAACAAACGUGCACCUAGAAGAAUUGCUAGAUGAAUUUAAGGAUGUGUUCCCAGAGGCACUUCCUAAAGGUCUACCUCCUUUGCGUGGAAUAGAGCAUGCUAUUGAUCUUAUUCCCGGAGCUCCCCUACCUAAUAAACCAGCCUAUAGGUGCGACCCUACGGCUUCCCAAGAGCUUCAAAGACAAAUAGAGGAAUUGAUUGAAAGAGGCUAUGUUCGUGAAAGCAUGAGCCCUUGUGCGGUUCCAGCUUUACUAGUUCCAAAGAAAGAUGGUACAUGGAGAAUGUGUAUUGAUUCAAGAGCGGUCAACAACAUUACUAUCAAGUAUCGAUUCCCUAUGCCACGACUAGAAGACAUGCUUGAUGAGUUACAUGGUUCUACCAUAUUUUCCAAGAUCGAUCUUAGAAGCGGCUACCAUCAAAUGCGAAUUAGAGAAGGAGAUGAGUGGAAGACUGCUUUCAAAACUAAGCAAGGAUUAUAUGAAUGGAUGGUCAUGCCCUUUGGGCUAUGCAAUGCGCCAAGUUCAUUCAUGAGACUCAUGAACGAGUCUAUAGUCGAGAUAAUGUUGAACACAUUGAUCAUCUUAGAAGAUUAUUUGAAACAUUAA